AUGAAGGGUAGUUAUAUGCUUGUGGGAAUUGAAUAUCUCAAGGCUGUGAGGGCCUUUAUUGCCUUGUUUUGCUCACUCCUUCUGAAAUAUUCUUACAGACGACAUGGAAAGGACAACUACUUCAGUUGCACAUAUGUUCUUCCUGAUGGUGUCACACACACAAAGGGUUUUGUAAAAGAUCCAAGUGAGGCAAAUGGAUACCUUGCUUUUACAGAUGGAGUCCUACCUCCGCAACCUGAAAGAAAAGAGGACAUGGAUCAGCUAGAAGUUAGAGAAAAGCCCGAGGACAGAAGAAAAAUUGAUUUAACACAAACUACUCCACAUCUAAAUGUUUUACCUUCUGAACAGGAGUUUACUUUGACAAAUGAGCGCUUCCUUGUCCCAGAGAUGAUCUUUCGUCCUGCUGAUUUGGGAAUGAAUCAGGCUGGACUAGCAGAGUGCAUUGUUAAAGCUGUCAAUUCCUGCCAUCCUCAUCUUCACCCUGUGCUCUAUGAAAGCAUUAUAUUGACUGGUGGAAGCACACUUUUUCCUCGAUUUGCUGAAAGAUUAGAAAGGGAUCUCCGACCUCUUGUACCCGAUAUAUACCAAGUGAAGAUAACUACUCAAGAAGAUCCUAUUUUAGGUGUUUGGCGCGGGGGUUCACUUUUGGCAUCUAGUCCUGAUUUUGAAGCAAUGUGUGUGACUAAGACCGAGUAUGAGGAGCUGGGGUCUGCUCGAUGUCGCAAGCGAUUCUUUCACUAGUAUAUAAGAACCUAGAAGUUUCUUGGAUGAGUAUGCUUUGUCAUGUCACUUGGUCAUAAUACUUUUGAAACGAAGGAAAGGUCGAAGCAGGUUUGGAUUGUUUCGUGAAGAUGAAACACCUAAUUACUUCAGUCUUCAAAACAUGAAAUUCUUCGUUUUGGCUUCUGGGAUGUUCUGUCAACCUGAACUUACGAUGGAAUGAUCUGAGCUUCUAUACAUUUGGUGUAAAGCAAGACAAUCUACUCAUUUUGCUGAAAUUUCGAUCCAGCCAUACUUUUGUGGGAAAAGAGAAAAUCAGAAGAACUGAGCUUGCUUGUUAUAUGGGAUCCGAUGCAUCCAAAAGAGUGAAACAGUGGCAAGCCAUUCAAGGGUAUCCAAGCAAGGAAAUAAGCAAAGACAGUAGCUCUGUAAAUUCUUUGGUCAGUAUCAAGUGUAUAUUGAGGAAGUAUUAACUAAGCUUACCUUACAUGGGAACGUGUUUCAAGCUGUCAUCAACCUUGAAGAUGAGAGAAUGACAACUCCUGGGGCCAUUGCAAUAUGCUAUUUGGGUUAUAGCUACACUGACAUGUGGCAUAAAGUAUCAAGUAAUUUGAUUUGUCAUGUCAAUUUUGUAGCACUUAAUUAAAUUCACACACUAUUGUUAAGCAUUCGAAUUGUGUGAUUCUUAGCUGUGCCAACGGCAUUGCAAUUACGGAGAUGGGUAUAAUUUGUUAUUUUAUAACAAAGACUUCUAG